AUGAAUUUAGAGCUAUUGGAAUCAUUUGGACAAAAUUACCCAGAGGAAUUUGAUGGAACGCUCGAUUGUAUUUCGCUGGCCGUAACAUGUACAUUCAACAAAAGAGGUACAUUGUUAGCCGUGGGCUGUAAUGAUGGUAGAAUAGUAAUAUGGGAUUUUUUAACUCGCGGAAUUGCCAAAAUAAUUAGUGCUCAUGUACAUCCUGUUUGUUCACUCAGUUGGUCAAGAAACGGACACAAAUUGCUGAGCGCAUCGACAGACAACAAUGUUUGUAUAUGGGAUGUAUUAUCAGGAGAAUGCGAUCAAAAAUACCGUUUUCCAUCGCCGAUAUUAAAAGUACAAUUUCACCCGAGAAAUUCAAAUAAAUUUUUAGUCUGUCCGAUGCGACAUGCUGCUGUAAUGGUGGAUGUUGAAGGUACACAUCGUGUUAUUCCCCUGGAUGAAGAUAGUGAUUUAAAUAUCGUCGCGUCUUUUGAUAGACGAGGAAAUUUUGUGUACACAGGAAACGCCCGUGGCAGAAUUCUCGUUCUUGAUUCCGAGACAUUAACUAUAAAUGCUUCUUAUAAAAUAUCUCAGGGUACUGCCAGCAACACCGCGGUUAAGAGUAUUGAAUUUGCGCGCCGUGGGUCAUGUUUUCUUGUCAAUACUUCCGACCGAGUGAUACGUGUUUACGACAGUACGGAGAUACUUGCUUGUGGGAAGGACGGGGAGCCGGAGCCGAUACAAAAAUUGCAGGAUUUGGUUAACAAAACAAUGUGGAAAAAAUGUUGCUUUUCAGGCGACGGGGAGUACGUUUGCGCUGGCUCUGCUAGGCAGCAUGCACUUUAUAUUUGGGAAAAAAGUAUCGGUAAUUUAGUUAAAAUAUUGCACGGAACCAAAGGAGAGCUUUUGCUGGACGUUGUGUGGCAUCCAGUGAGACCUAUAAUAGCAUCAAUAUCCUCCGGAGUGGUGUCUAUUUGGGCACAGAAUCAAGUUGAAAAUUGGUCUGCGUUCGCCCCAGAUUUCAAGGAAUUGGACGAGAACGUAGAGUACGAGGAGAGAGAAAGCGAAUUUGACUUGAGUGAUGAAGAUAAAUCUGUCGUACAGGGCGAAGAGGCUCAGGAUGAAGAAAUCGAAGUUGACGUCGCAGCUAUUGACAGAGUCGCGGCUUUUUGCAGCUCCGAUGAAGAAACAGAAGAUAUUGGUACAUUACAAUAUUUACCGAUAGCCCCCGAGGUUGAAGAACCAGAAGAUCAAGCUGCUGCACAAGAACCACCCAACAAAAAAUAUCGAUCCCAUGAUAUUCAUUUGCAGAAUGCACCUGAAAACGGUAACUUUUUCACUUUAUCAUUUAUCAUUUAUUUUAUUCAA